AUGAGACGCCGGAGCUGUAACCUCGCCGCCCACCACCGUCUCUCAGCCGCCUCACUUCUUCAACAAUUGAAGCCCCUCAUUUUCUCCUCCCUUUCCAAUUCCCUCUCCACAUUAAGCACGCACCAUUACCACUUCUUCAAAAUGGGCCCCGGAGGAAAUAAUCUCCUGGUUCUCGACCUCAUCAACCAAGGCUUAAUGGAACCAGACGCGAGGUUGUACGCCGAUCUCCUCAAGAGAUGCACCGAUCAGGGAAAGCUAAGGCUGGGCAAAAUGGUUUACACCCAUUUUAAUGGCACGCAAGUGUUUGAUGAAAUGAUCGAACGGGACAUGGUCUCCUAUACCAUGCUGGUCACUGGGUACUCCCACCAUAACGAGUUCAAGGAGGCCUUAUGUCUGUCUUUAGACAUGUUGAGAAUUGGAUUAUGGCCGAACGAGUUUACUUUCAGUAGCGCUCUUAAAUCUGCAGGUGGUCUACAGAGUUAUGUGAUCGGUGGAGGCAUUCACAGGUCUUGCUUAAGGAGUGGGUUCGGGGAGAAUUUGUAUGUUGGGAGUGCUUUGGUGGACAUGUACACCAGAUGUAAGAGAAUGGCAGACGCGAAGCUCGUGUUCAACGGGCUGAGAGGGACACCAUGCAGUGUCCUUGUUCUCAGAGAUGAAAAGGGGUGGGUAUGGGCUGACCCAUUUCACAUACUCGAGCAUUUUCGCAGCCAGGCAGCGGGGCUAUGGAGGACAGAGCUCGUUGCCUUUGUUGGCAACACGCUCCUCGACAUGUACGGAAAGGCCGGAAGCAUCAAGGAUGCCAAACGGGUUUUCGGCAGGUUGGUGAAAAAGGACGUUAUCUCGUGGAACUCAAUGCUCACAGCUUACGCACAGCACGGUUUCGGUGAAAAAGCCGUAUCUCUCUUUGAAGAGAUGCGUGGGGCCGGAUUUCAGCCGAACACGAUCACUUUCAUUUGUGUGCUCACUGCCUGCAGCCACGCGGGGCUUGUGGACAAAGGGUUAGACUACUUUAACCUGAUGCGGAAGUACGAACGAGAGCCCGACAUCACACUUUGUGUUAGUGCCAUCGACUUAUUGGGCCGGGCCGGGCAACUCGACCGUGCGCUGUGCUUCAUUCAAGAAAUGCGAGUGAAGCCCACAGCAGCUGUUUGGAAAGCCCUGCUCGGGGCCUACAGGAUGUACAAAAACACGAAUCUCGGCACUUACGCCGUCGAGCAGGUUUUCAAGCUCGACCCUCUCGACUCUGGGCCCCACGUGCUGCUCUCCAACAUCUAUGCCUCCACUGGCCAGUUGACUGAUGCUGCACGAGUGAGAAAGGCGAUGGAUAGGUGUGGGGUGAAGAAGGAGCCCGCGUGCAGUUGGGUCGAGAUUGGGGGAGCUGUUCAUGUGUUUUUGGCGAACGAUGAUACAAAUCCUGAGAGGGAGGAGAUUUAG